AUGCGACCUAGUAGUAGAAUGUUUGUUGUUGCUGUUUAUGUGAAGAAUAUACACAAGCAUAAUGACCAAGUUAUAUUAGCUUAUGUUCCGGAACUAAAUGAAUUAUUACAAUCAACAUCCUGGGAACCUUAUGACAGAUUUGGGUCAAUGUUCACAUGGAUGCCGAUUUUCAUAGAAGUCUGUUGGCAUAUAGGAGGUGAAGCGGGCGCUGUUUACAAAUUUGAAAGAACUGUACUAGAGUCAGCUCUCCAAUCAGAAGAAAAACGAAUACAUGAAGAUUUAGAAAAAUUUGCUACUAAGUUAAAGGAAUAUAAGAUAGGUGGUAAAGUAAGAAGUAUUGUAGCAAAAAACGCUGGAGAAGGAAUUGUUAAAGCAAUUGAAGAGGAAAAUGCGGAUUUAGCAGUUGUUGGUUGUCGUGGUAUGGGUAAAAUACGAAGAACAUUCAUGGGUAGCGUCAGUGAUUAUGUUGUUCAUCAUUCUCACGUGCCAGUUUUGGUUGUUCGACAUGAUGACGAUAAACACCACAAAGAUAAACAUCACGAUAAGCAUAAAGAUAACCAUAAAGAGGAUAAACACAAAGAAGAUAAACAUAAAGACGAUAAACAUAAAGACACCAAGAAAGAUGAUAAGAAUGAUAAACAUAAAGACUAA